AUGGAUCAUAACUAAAUGGUGCACCUGCCUGUGCUGUGGUUUACACUGGGGAGCAGUGGAGGUUGAUAAGAUUAGCAUGAGGUCUCCGGUUAGUUAACCGUCGUGAUAAAUUUGUGGAGUAUUUUACCACGAUGGUUUCCAGGGUGAACCAUGUGGAGGUCAGCCUGACAUGAUACAUUGCAAACAAAGGGGUUCUUAAUCCACAUUACUAACAAUGCCAUUCCACCCCUAACACUCGGCGUUGGUGUGUAUCGGAAACCCUUUUUGUCAUUGUCAGUGCAUCAGUUCUUUAAACCUACAUCCAUCCCACAAGUCUGGAGAUCAGCUUGAAGUUUCUCUUCUUGCUGCUCGAUGAACCGCAACUGCAUGGUGUAUAGAGAGAUUGCGUAAAGAUAUUCGUCUCUUUAAAUUAUUAUAAGGACAGGAUUUGUUUUGUAUAUGUUUGUUUCUUUUUAUAAUAAUAACAAUAGUAAUAAAAAAACUAUAUAAUAAGCUACAGUACCUACAUUAGUAGCGAGAAACAUCCCAUAACAUACAAUUAGUGAUGGUAAUAAACUGAAUUAAAAAAUUCUUGGUCUGAGCAAUAUGGUAUUUGUUUUAUUAAAAAAUAAUAGAGAAUACAGUUAUUGCAUCCACGCGAAGCCGGGGCGGGUCGAUAGUGAUACUAAUUAUCCAUAAAGGGAAACACCACGCAAGUAUUUUGAUAGAAGCAUUGAUAACGUAUGUGUACAGUAUACAGAAUCAUAACGCGGUUGUUGAUAACGUUUCAGUCUGCCUCCACAGUGACCCAGCUGACGUUGUUUCGUGAAUUCGUAACGCUUAUUACUCGUAUAAUCAAAUAAAAAAGUGUGUAUUUAAAUAAGAAAAAAUACCUUUCCUUUUUUUAUUUUUAUUCAACUGCGCAAGUGCAAUCUGUUAUACUGCCAAGUCGCCAUGACACCUGCCAUAUUGGUAACGGGUGGCGCUGGUUAUGUGGGAUCUCAUACCGUCGCUGCACUACUCCAGUGUCAACACGAGUACACUCAAUUCGAUAUAGUUGUUAUUGAUAAUUUAUGCAACUCGUAUAGAGAAGAAGGUGAGAAGAAACCUUCUCCACUGCGAGUGGUGGAGGAGUUGACUGGCAAAACUAUACAGUUUUACGAUGUGGAUAUCAGAGACGCAAAUGGUUUAAGCAAUGUGUUUGAAAAUCACAACAUAGACUGCGUGAUUCACUUCGCAGCACUGAAGGCGGUCGGCGAGUCAGUACAGAAACCCCUCGAAUAUUACCAGGCGAAUAUUACAGGAACAUGCACAUUACUUGAGGUAAUGAGGAAGUACGGCGUCUACAAGCUAGUGUACAGCUCGUCGUGUACAGUGUACGGGGAGCCGGAGACACUGCCGUUAAGAGAAGGGCACCCUACAGGACGCGCGCUCGCCAGCCCCUACGGGAAGACCAAGUAUAUCUGCGAGGAGAUCAUGAAGGACGUGUGCGGCAGUGAUCAGAAAUGGAUGAUAAUAUCACUCCGGUACUUCAAUCCUGUGGGCGCGCAUCCCAGCGGCCGCAUCGGUGAGGAUCCCACCGGGACACCUAAUAACUUGAUGCCGUAUAUUGCACAGGUGGCGGUGGGUCGGCUGCCAGAGCUGCAAGUAUUCGGCGCGGACUAUGACACUCCCGACGGCACAGGGGUCCGCGACUACAUUCAUGUGCAAGAUCUGGCCGAGGGACACGUGAAAGCUAUUAAGCUGUUCCGGCAGCCAGAUUUCAGCGGCUUCCAUGCUGUUAAUUUAGGUACCGGCACUGGUUACUCAGUACUCCAAAUGAUUGCGGCUUUCGAAUCGGCGAGCGGACGGCGGGUACCGUACAAGGUAGUAGGUCGGCGCGCGGGCGACGUAGCUGCCAACUAUGCAGAUGUCUCGCUCUCGCAUAAGCUGCUGGGCUGGCGUGCAACCAGGACAUUAGAAGACAUGUGUGCAGACACGUGGAGGUGGCAGAGUAAUAAUCCUAAUGGUUUCAAGAAGGCAUAAACUCAGUGCUGACGUAAGCAUAUUAUUAAGCGACUUGCGCCCUUAUGAUCCUGCGCACUGGUGCCUAAUAGAACAACAAGCGGCUAUGUUGUAGCUGCUCUUUGAAAACAACAUGAAAUGUUAUACCUAAAAUAAAUUGUAAUUCUUAUGUUUCGUCUCUUUCUUUGAAGCAAAAUUUUCACUUGAGAGAAAGAGACAAAAAUAUUUGAAAAUUACAUAUACAAGUAAUUUUAACUAUAGAAUUUUUAUUCAAAAAUAAGUUUAUAUUAUUUAUCAGAUGACCCAGUUUAAUUCUAUUUUUAUGAUACACUAGUUAUUAGAUUAAGCACUUGUCAGAUUUAUUUCGCCAAAGAAUCCCAAAAAUUUAUUAUGUGCCAUUUAACAAAUUUAUUUAUUCGAAUUAUAUUCUUAGUUUUAUUUUAUUAAACUAGAUAAAUAUGUUCCUAUUGUGUUGCCAUAUUGUAUUUAAACAUACCAAAUAUUUUUAUUUUGUUAUUUAAAGCAAAUUCAUGUCGGAAAUGCCAAAGCAUUACAUUUAUCAGUUUAUUUGUCUAUUAACUGUCAGCGUCAUCAAAAGUACUUUUUUUAUAAUAAAAUAAAUACUCGGAAAAACUAAAUUAUAUUUGAAUUAUUUUUCACAAUUUUAUGUCGUUAUUUUUUGUGUUA